UCUACUUUUGGGAUGACCCAAACCAAGAUGGAUAUUCUGGAUUUUCUGGUGCUGUGCUAUUGAAAAAAGUUGGCGAUGGUAUUCGUAAAAUGAAGGGUGCUUGGGACUCGAUUCACGUCUUCAAGGCAAAUGAACGAGGUCGCAAUGCUCAUUAUAAAUUGACAUCCACCGUCAUGCUAUAUACGAUUACAAGUAAACCUGAACUUGGAAAUAUGAAUUUGUCUGGCAGUAUGACGAGAACGUUCGAUGCAGAUUACCCAUUCGAUGAACCCAAUGCUCACAUUGCUAACAUUGGCCGAAUGGUUGAAGACAUUGAACUCAAAAUGCGCAAUUUACUUCAGGAAGUAUAUUUUGGAAAAACAAGAGAUAUUGUUAAUGAUUUAAGAUCAGUUAAUUCGCUCGUUGAAUCUCAGAAACAGGCUAACAUUCAUAAAGAGUUGGUAGGACAAUUAUUGGAACGAAAAUCAUAA